UCCAUAUGUAAUCGCAGCCCUCAAUACAAAUACGGCUACAUAUAUCCUUCAAAGAGUUAGGGCAAAUUCACAAAGCUCGAUCCGGUUAUCAAUGGCGGUCGAAACUACUAGAACGACAGGGACCGUCUCCCGGUUCAGUAGCCAAAAGGGUUACGGUUUCAUCAAACCGGAUGGUGGAACCGAGGAUUUAUUCGUUCAUCAAUCUGCGAUCAAAUCCGACGGCUUUCGUUCGCUCUACGAAGGCCAAAAAGUUGAGUUCACGAUCACUAGUAACGGCGAUAAGUAUCAAGCCGUUGAUGUCACCGGUCCCGACGGAGCACCUCUCAACGGUUCCCGGCGGUGGUAGAGGUAAUAACCGUGGUGGUGGUGGUGAUGAGUCCUAUCCCUGUGGGAGAAUAGGACAUAUGGCUAGGGAUUGUGAUCGUAACAUUGGUGGCGGUGCGUGUUACAGCUGCGGGAUGAUGGGACAUAUAGCUAGGGGUUGUGACCGUAAUAGCUGUGGUGGUGGUGGAAGUGGAGGUGGAGGUAGGGGAUGUUACAAUUGUGGUGAGUAUGGACACGUGGCUCGAGAUUGUCCAAGUGGUAAACACGUGCCACGUGGCAGUGAUAGUGGAGCUUGUUAUAACUGUGGGUUGACAGGACAUGUGGCAAGGGAUUGUUCACGUGAGAAUGGUGGACGUGGCAGCGGUGGUGGUAGUAAUGGGGCUUGUUAUAACUGUGGGUUGCUAGGACACGUAGUGCGUGAUUGUCCAAGUGGUAGACGUACGCCCCGUGGCAGUGGUGGUGGUGAUAGUGGGGCUUGUUACAACUGUGGGUUGCUCGGACACGCGGCAAGGGACUGUUCACACGAGAGCGGUGGUCGUAGCGGUGUUGGCAAUUCUGUGAGAUUGGCAAUUCUGUGAGAUCUGGUGGUAGAGAUAAUGGAGGAAGCAAGUGUUAUAACUGUGGCGUGGCUGGCCAUUUUGCUAGGGAAUGCACUAGCCCAGCAGUGAAGUGAGAAAGCUUUUUUUUUUUUUUUUUUUUUUGCUUAAUAUGGACAAAUUUACGUGUUUAACUCAUUGGUCCUAAUUUUUGUCGUUUUUAUUUCCUACAUACAUAGGUUGAUAUUCUUUAGAAUAGUAAUAAUUAGUUGUUAUCUGAUUUGCAAUCAACUGUUUCUGUUAUGGAAAAUUUUGAUUAUUGGUUGGUAUACAAAUACAUAAAAAGCCUUUUUU